AUGUCGUCUUAUUGCGCUUCAAAAUAUGCUCUCGAAUCAUUUUCUGAUUGUCUUCGUCGUGAAAUGCUUCCAUGGGGCUUACGUGUGAGCAUCAUCGAGCCAAGUUACAUGCGAACACCUAUCAUCGAAGGACAUGUGCAAAGAAUGCGCGACAUUUGGAGUGGACUCUCGGCCGACAUCAAAGAUCGAUGGGAUGAAGGAUUUCUCGAGGAUUUAAUGAAAAAGAGAUUGAACAAUGUAUUCAUUCGAUAUGCUGAAAAUCCCAUUAAAGUGGUUCAUGCAGUUCGACAUGCCGUUAGUAAUACAGUUCCGCAUAUUCGCUAUCGACCGGGUUGGCAAUCGAGUCUCUUAUUCUUCCCACUUUCCAUGGGUCCCGCUUGGCUGGCCGAUCUGUUCAUAGACAAAAGCAGGGGUCCAAGUGUUCUACCCGCCGGCGUACGCACACAAAUAAAGGAGUAA